AUGCCCAGUCGACGAGUUGAACGACGCAUUCGCGAGUAUCUAUCGCAUUUGAUACCCGUGCCACUACUCGAUGUACCAGAAAGCGACCGGGUAUGUACGUUGUGCUACGAACCUUUUCCUGCGCCAGAAGAAGCCGGCGACUACCCAGUCCGUGUACGCUCCACCCACGCCAACUCGACUUGUCGGCAUGUGUUCGGAAGGACGUGUAUCGAAGAGCACCUGAGCAGCGGUAGAGGAUAUAGCAGGAGGUGCCCAAUAUGUCGCGAGAGCUGGUUUGGCGAAGCUGAGGGCGAUGCAUUCGGAAGCAUCGACGAAGAGGCGGAGGAGUCUGCAGCGUCAUCGUUUCUAGAGGGAAGUCGCUUUCGUGCGCCUGCAGUGGGACUGAGAGAUCGGCGAAUUGAGCUUAUCUUCGGGUUGGAGGAUACGAAUGAGCAAGAUGUUCAGCGGUUCUUCGAACACAUAGGUGAAGCUCUACGUGGUAUGCCUUCCGCAGAGGCCAAUGGUCAAGAAGCUAUCGAUCAGACAACCCAGGCGAUUGCUGACGCCGAGGAAAGAUUGCGCGUGAGUCGCGACGUCGAAGGCGAUCGCGGAGCGUCCACGGGUGUGGACAUGUCGCAAGGCAUGCGUCGUGGCAGCGCAGAGGAGGAAGACGAGGAGAUGGCACGGAGAAUAAUGCAGGCGGAACUGCGACAAGCCACGCCAUCGGUUGAGGAUGCGGCCCUACAACCUGCUGCGGCGACUGCGGCGGCCCCGGUCGCAUUAUCACGUGAGGAAAUCGAGCGGCGAUUGUCAGAUCGAGAGUCUCAGCGGGGACAUACACCGCCAGCGUUGCGACGCCGCGACAGAUUGUCUGAGCGACAACACGACGCGAUCCUUUCGAGCGCAGGCCGCAUUACAAGAGCGAUCGGCUUCCUGGAGCAACUUCGCCGGAUGGAAGAGGUGACGAUUGAUAGUUCUGACAUAGUUGAGAGAGUGCAAGAAGUCGAAGAUGCCGUGAACGCACUGUGGCGGGGUGUUGAGGGCGAUAGGCAGCGGCGGGGAAACAUUCGAUUCGUGCGUCGCGACUCUUCAGUGCCUUCGGACCUGUAG